GAUUCAACAAGUGUUCUUGCGUCGGGGAUGGUGGUGACAGCCGUUGCUCCGGUCCCGUUUCCUUCGUCUCUAUCCUCCGGCCUUCAUGCUUUUGAGGCACAACUGCUGACCAAUAGUAUCUGUGGAUCCUACUGGGCCAGACGACUCCAGGAUUCCGACGAGCCGAUCCACCCCAGCCGCAGACGAAACCGGGUGAGCGACAAGGCCUCGAGGUUCGGGAAAGCCCUCCGGUUUGACCACGGCUCUCGCGGCGCCUUCCCUUUCCUCUGCAAAAGUACCACUGUGUGCCCUUGUCCUCUGCUGCGCAUCGUAGACCGGAACGAGCGAUGACCUGAUGUUGCUCAACUCCUCUUUUCAGAGAUCUAUGAUGGCGAAAUGCUACGACCGAUGCCUCCUCUUUCCCGUCCUGCCCUCUUCUCCGUCCUGCCUUCUCAGUUUCCCAUUAACCGCGCAAGAUGAUGUGAUCGACCACGAGCUAAUGAGAUGGUCCCACAUGCGGGUCCUCAGUCGGGUGUCCAAUGAUAUAGCAGGUGGUAAAUGAGGGUGGGAACACUAAUGGCCGGCGUCCAUACUCUCGAGCAAGCAAGCAUGGGACUCCGUGGUGUGUUCGUAAUUAAGGAGGAAGGGAGGCGUGGAUAUUAGCAGCGCCUGCAAUUUACUGCGUCCCGAGGAAGGAGAACUGGGAGUCGGACUUCUCCUCGUCCUCCAGUUUCUUCCUUCGCCUUGCUUCCGCAUCUCGACCCCGCCUUCGGAUCCCGGCUUCCUCCUCUUUUAUCUGAUCUCUUGUUCGUUGGAGCUCGGGAUCGGCGAGAUCAGGCGAUCGAUCGUCCGCUGUGUUGCGCCGGGGGCGGAUCGAUCGAAGCGUUGGAGUUUGGAUCGUGGGAGUGGAGAAGAGUAGGGAUGACGUCCCGGUCGAGGAUGCCGACGUGGAGGGAGAGGGAGAACAACCGCCGGAGGGAGCGGCGGCGGCGGGCGAUCGCGGCCAAGAUCUACGCGGGCCUGCGGAUGUACGGCAACUACCGGCUUCCGAAGCAUUGCGACAACAAUGAGGUCCUCAAGGCCCUCUGCGACGAGGCCGGAUGGAUCGUCGAGCCCGACGGCACCACCUACCGCAAGGGGUGUAAGCCUCCAGCAGACCAUAUGGAUGUAGUAGGAGGUUCUACUUCACCUAGCCCAUACUCGUCCAACCAGCCAAGCCCAUGUGCAUCUUACAACCCCAGCCCUGCCUCAUCAUCCUAUGCAAGCCCUGCAUCUUCGUCCUACAUUGCAACUACUAACAAUUCUAUCAAUGGUGCUGAUGCAAACUCCCUCAUCCCUUGGUUAAAGAAUCUUUCAUCAGCUUCCUCCAGUGGUCCAUCCAAGAUUCUACACCAACAUCCUUUCUACAUGCAUGGUGGUUCCAUCAGUGCUCCUGUAACCCCUCCCCUGAGUUCCCCAACUGCUAGUACACCACAAAUCAAGUCUGACUGGGAUGAUCCAAAUUCACGACUGCCAUCGGUCAAUACCAGCUACACGUUCCUGCCAAAUUCGACUCCACCAAGUCCUGGCCGGCAAAUCAUUCCGGAUCCUGCUUGGAUUGCAGGGUUGCAGAUUGACACAGGGCCUCCUUCAUCACCCACCUUUAGCCUUGUUUCAUCAAACCCACAAGGUUUUUCAGGUGGGGGGUCUUCAAGAAUGUGGACACCAGGACAGAGUGGGACCAGCUCUCCUGUCAUGCCUGGUAUGCCAUGCUGUGUUGAUAUUCAGAUGUCCGAUGGCAUUUCUGAUGAGUUUGCAUUCGGGAGCAGCAGUAAUGGUGGUCACCUACAAGCAGUAUUGGUGAAACCUUGGGAGGGGGAGAGAAUCCAUGAAGAAUGUGGAUCAGAUGACCUGGAGCUUACACUUGGGAGCUCAAGGACCAGAGCUGAUGCCUGAUUGAUGUGAAGAGAGUAAAUACACUGGAGAAUUUUAGUUUUGCUUUAUUCUUCAUGUGCUGUUGUUUCAAUAGAUAUAUAGAGAGGAUACCGGAGAUCAUCUAAUGCUUUCUGUUAAAUAGCCUCCAUCGUUCCAUCCCACAUUCAGGUAAUUGACAUAGUUUAUUAUGGUGGAAGUACUUGAAAACAAGCUUAUGCCCAUUGGCAAAAUUGCUACUUGACAGAUAUUUGUACUGGAGAGAAAAAGUAUGUGAUAUACUGUAAUCUUCUUUAAGUAUUGUCUUUAAGCUGUCAAAGUAACAUUCUGGUUAAUUCACUUUUACUAUGGUGGUUGUUGUGUCA